GUUACAGUCACAUUAGUCUGGAGUAACGGUUGUUACAUCGUGAUUGAUUAGUGUUGUUCGACGAGUCCUGUCAACUGUUGAAUUAUUCUUGGUAUAAUUUUAGAAUCAUGAAGACAUUUUUGUUUUUAAUUGCAACAAUAUUUGCUACGGCACAGGCUGUGUCCUUCUUCGAAUUGGUUAGUCAAGAAUGGGCAACAUUUAAGAUGGAACAUAAUAAAACAUAUAAAAAUGAUAUUGAGGAGAGAUUUAGAAUGAAGAUAUUUAUGGACAAUAAACAUAAAAUAGCUAAACAUAAUGGGAAUUAUGAAAUGAAAGGAGUUACGUAUAAACUAAAGAUGAAUAAGUAUGGUGACUUGUUACAUUAUGAGUUUGUUAGUAUAUUAAACGGUUUUAAUAAAUCUAGACAUACUCACAUAAGAACUGAAAGACCUCUGAGUUCUGCUGCAUUUAUUGAACCAGCAAAUGUUGUAUUACCAAAGAGUGUAGAUUGGAGAGAACUCGGUGCUGUAACGCCUGUUAAGGAUCAGGGGCAUUGUGGAUCAUGCUGGUCAUUCUCUGCAACUGGCGCUUUAGAGGGACAACAUUUUCGACGAACGGGAGUUUUAGUUUCUUUAAGUGAACAAAAUUUAAUCGAUUGCUCUGGAAAAUACGGUAAUAAUGGUUGCAACGGAGGACUGAUGGAUCAAGCUUUUCAGUAUAUUAAAGACAAUGGAGGUUUAGAUACAGAAAUUAGUUAUCCAUAUGAAGCUGAAAAUGAUAAUUGCAGGUAUAAUCCGAUAAACAAUGGUGCCAGUGAUAUCGGCUUUGUAGACAUUCCAGAAGGGGAUGAGCACAAGCUUAAAGCAGCAGUUGCUACUAUCGGACCAGUUUCUGUUGCUAUUGAUGCUUCUCAUCAGUCUUUCCAAUUUUAUUCUGAAGGAAUCUAUUAUGAACCAGAGUGCUCUUCACAAAAUUUGGACCAUGGAGUAUUAGUAGUGGGAUAUGGAACUGAUGAAAAUGGUCAGGACUAUUGGCUAGUAAAGAAUAGUUGGAGUGAGGCAUGGGGUAACAGUGGGUAUAUUAAAAUGGCUAGGAAUAAACAGAAUCAUUGUGGUAUCGCUUCCAGUGCCAGCUAUCCUCUUGUUGGAGCCAAAGGAUAAUUUAUUAAAAUUUUUAUAAAUAUUUUGGGAAUGCAAAUAAAA